CUUAUUUGGCAUCACUGAUCAUUAAGGGGGUGUUUGGCCAAAACGACAACAAAAAAUGUAUACAAAAUCCUGAAGAUUUUAAUUCUUAAUAUUAGUGAAUUAAAAUUACCAAAAUAACAUUUAAAAAUCAAUCUAGGAUGCUGGGCGUCGAUCACAAAGCCGCGUUACACAGCAUGGUGUGUCAGGCGCUCCUGGUGCUGAUAUGUUUGGUUUGCUACGGAUGUGGCGGUCUCAGUGGAGCCAAAUUCGUCUUCGAUGACACGGUGGCCAUCGUCAAAAAUCGGGAUGUGAACUCACUGCCAACCAACUGGACGGCGAUUUUUACGCACGACUUCUGGGGAGCCUCUUUGCUCAGUACCGACUCACACAAGUCGUUCAGGCCAUUAACCACAUUGAUGUUCCACUGCGAGUACGCUUUGUUGGGCCUGAGUGCUGCCCACAUGAAGUUUCUGAAUCUCCUGCUGCACUGUGUCAACACAUUGCUAAUGUGGCGUUUGAUUCGAUCUCUUUAUGCUCCGGAGGUCAAUACGGAGCGAUGGGCUAUUCUCUCGGCAGCGCUCUUUGCUGCCCACCCAAUCCAUACUGAGGCGGUCUCCGGAGUGGUGGGCAGAGCAGAGCUUAUGUUCGGGAUGAUAAACUUGCUUUGCCUUUUGUUGACCGUGGCCAAUACCGGAAAAUAUGGUCUUCAGACUGGCACAUUAAUCCUGAUAUUCACCGCCGUGGGAAUGCUUUUCAAGGAGUCAGCAGUGACCAUUCCUAUGUCGUGUAUGCUGUUGGAUUACUUUCAAAACGGCUACUAUCAUCUGCAACUUAAGGACCAAUGGAAUCUUUUGCGCACCCGAAUGAGUUACUUAACCUACUUGUUGGGUACUUUAGCUCUGCUCACCGCUCGCCUUUGGUGGCAGGAUUUUGAGACGCCAACGUUUAAGGAAGUGGAUAACCCAGUGGCCUACAACGAGCAUAUACUUACUCGUGGGCUCUCACAGCAGUAUCUGCUGGUCAUGAAUGUCUGGCUGAUGCUCUGUCCCCACUGGUUGUGCUACGACUGGGCUUUGGGUUGUGUUAAGCUGGUGACCAGCAUUUGGGACCUCAGACUGCAGGGCGUAAUUGGGUUCUACUCUAUAAUGCUGGUUGCUUUGAUGAAUUUCCGUCGCCUGCCUGGAAUGAUGCUCGCUCUGGGCUUGAUGAUCAUCCCGUUUCUGCCCGCGUCGGGAAUCAUUCGCGUGGGAUUCGUGAUUGCGGAGAGGACACUUUACGUCCCAUCCAUUGGCUUUUGCCUGGUGUCCAUCCACGGAUUUCUUUACUGGUAUGACAGCAGCGCGGGUAAAACUUAUUGGCGCACUGGACUACGGAUGUUCCUGAUGCUGCUCUUCACCGUAAUGAUGUUACGAACUCGACAGCGAGCCACGGACUGGCUGAAUGAGGAACAGUUAUUUAAAUCCGCAUUACAGGUGUGUCCUGACAAUGCCAAGGUGCACUACAACAUCGCCCGGCUGGCCACAGAUACGGGAAACAAUACAAAAGCCUUCCAGCACUAUCACAAAGCCAUUGAAUUGUAUCCAAACUAUGAGUCAGCUCUGAUGAACCUCGGCAACCUAUACCGGGAGCAUGGGCAACUGGCCACUGCUGAGGACUACAUUCGAUUAGCUCUGCAGGCUUAUCCAGCAUUUCCGGCGGCAUGGAUGAAUCUGGGUAUUGUGCAAUCGGCCCAGGGAAAGUUCGACAAAGCACUAAACAGCUAUGAGAAGGCCCUAAAAUAUAGGGCCAACUUCGCCGUCUGUUACUACAACAUGGGGAAUUUGUAUCUGGAACAGAAGCUUUACGCUGAGGCCCUUCAUCAUUGGCAGCACGCUGUGGCUCUCAAUCCCCGUCAGCCGAAAGCCUGGGCGAACAUUCUGACAAUGUUAGAUAAUCGUGGAUUGCAGGACGAUGCGCUUCGCAUCUCAAAUCAGGCCCUGCUGCAUCUUCCCAACGAUGCCAGUAUCCUGUUUAUUCGGGCCAAUGUCCUUGGAAAAUUAAAACAUUACGUGGAGGCUGAGUCGAUUUAUAAGCGUGUUAUAGAUCUGGAGCCAAAGAACAUGCUAUAUUACACAAAUCUCGGUGUGCUCUAUCAUCGCUGGGACAAGUCUCAGGAGGCUAUAGAGGCUUAUCGAACAGCGAUAAGUAUUAACGUUGCGAGGGCAACGACAGCGCGGGAGAAUCUCAGUAAGCUUCUGAAACGAUUGGAGCGGGAGGCGCAGGUAAUCCAAAGAUAAGCGUCAGCUUUCAAGUAACGCCUCAAAAUAUGGAAAUAACCAAUAGUUAAUUGCCUCUGAACGUUAAGAUCUACCACCACCUAUUUGUGUUUUUUAAAACUAAGAUGUAAAACUUUCAAACUAUAUACAUUUCCUAAGCUUGAUUAAUCAUUAACUAAAUAGGAGGUUGUGGGUUUAAGCACUAGUCCCAUUAAGAUAUUUAUGUACUUACUUUUGAAAGACAUUAAAAAUAGAUAGUUUAAAUUAUUAAAUGCAGAAGGAUUGAAAUCAGUGCAAUAUAUGUAUAUCAUAAGCCCAUAUCCCCCAAACAGUGAAAUCUCAGUAUAUUUUAUUUAUUUUUAGUAUUAGUUUAGGAUAAUUUAUUUAUUUACUCGAGGGUAUAUACAAUUAAUGUUAAAACUAAUUAAUGAUCGAACAAUUACAAGACUUACACAAAUUAACUAAAUUCUAAAACGUAAGGACUACAUGAAAUACUUUGAAAAAUAGUGACAAUUGUGGCACCAUUGUAAAAUGAUUCAAUUCCAUUAAAGAUUCAUGAUUUUAAAAUAA